CAUCACAUACUCUCACAUCUUACUUCACCAUGGAUGAAGCUUGAUUCCUCAUCUCCAAUCUCUUCGCCCUCUGUUCUUGGACUUGCACGAUAGAGCUUGAUGAGAGCAUGACCCUCUCUUUGACGCGUUUCCACAUGGUGCGGUGAGCGUGGAAGAGAGGUAACCGCUCCGAUCAACGAGACCAAGAAUAGAAGAUCUGAAUCUGGCAACCAAACAGAUUCUUGAAUUCGCCAAUUGUGUUCUUGAAUUUCAUUUCCUUUCAUUUUCCCCCUGGUAACCGCUCCGAUUUCUUUCGUCUCGAAAGAUCCCCUUCUUAUUUUCUUCAAUCCCUAAACUGCAAUGGAUAACACUCAACCGUUGAAUCCCAAUGUGAUGGAUGCUCAAUCAAUUGCAAAUUUCUUGAAACAAAUGUCAGCAAUUCAAGCUCAGAUGGCGAGAAAUUCAGUCAAUUUAUGGCAAGAUCCAGCGAGCCCUUACUUUCUCCAUCCGAGCGAAAGUCCUGGUAAUCCUCUCAUUCCAGUUAUUUUAACUACAAGCAAUUAUAGUGCUUGGAGCAGAGCCAUGUUGUUGGCCUUGAAGUCGAAGAAUAAGCUCAAGUUCAUUGAUGGAUCAAUCACAAGGCCGAAUGAAAACGAUGCGCUUUUUGAAGCUUGGGAGAAAUGCAACACUUACUUAGUAUCAUGGAUAACACUAUCAUUGAGUCCUGAAAUUUCAGCAAGCGUGAUUUGGAAUAAUAACGCCUCAGAUAUUUGGAAGGAACUGAGGAAUAGAUAUUAUCAUGGUGAUAAGUUUCGGGUGGCAGAAUUGCAGGAAGAACUAUUUCAAUUGAAACAGGGAGACGCUACUGUUACGGCUUAUUACACAAAGCUGAAAUCUCUUUGGGAGGAUAUGAACAAUUUCAGACCCAUUCCUGAUUGCGUAAAUUGUACUUCUGUGUGCUCAUGUGGGUUGAAUAUAAUCAGAGAGCAUAGGCAAGAGGAUUGCACCACAAGAUUUUUAAGAGGACUGAAUGACCAAUACGCUAAUGUCAGAUCCCAACUAAUGCUGAUGAAUCCCACACCUGAUAUUGAUGCUGCCUUCUCCAUGUUAACACAACAGGAACGACAAUUCAAUGAAUGCAAUGAAUCCAAGGUUUUCUUUAACAGAUCCAUGCAGUCGAACAAUGAGAGCAACCGAGGAAGAGGCAGAGGGAGAGGUAGACACCAGGCUCCUGGCAGAGGACGAGGAAGCAGAGUGCAAUGUACAUUCUGUGACAAGACCGGCCACACUAUUGAGACAUGCUAUAAAAAGCAUGGUUUGCCGCCUCACUUGAGGCAAAGGCAAAUCAGUAGCGUUAACUACAUUGCUGCUGAAGCACCUGCUGAGAAGAGACUUGAUGAUCUCAGCCAAUGCAGCCUAAGCAACAGUCAGAAGGAAGUUGGUGAUUCUACAAGUUAUGAACUCUCUUCACACCAAAAGGAUGCAAUUCUGCAGUUUCUCAAAGGACAGGAGGCUCAGCAACAACCUCAAGUCACAAAUCAGGUUCAAUCCACCACAAACAAUACUCCAUUGAUUCAAGGACCAAGCUACUUUGAAGAGGAUUGGAGUAGCUAAAUGUGCUGAUGGUCUCUAUACAUUGGAUAAGCAAUUUUUCUGUUCUGCAGCUCACAAAACUGAUUUCACACACACUUCCAGG